ACGAACAAUUCGUCUGUCGCUCUGUCUCACUAAAAUGACGUGGCUUCAUGAAAAUAAGCGAUUAAACGCUAUUUUUCUGCUAACUUUAUUUGCCUCUGCUUUUCAAGGUGCACACUCUCAGCUGACUGUCUCUCCUGCUGGUCCCACUCUGGUGAAUGCCAUUGCUGGCAGAAAUGUGACUCUGGCUGUGUCCUUCACUGGGGCCUCUGACCCUGCAGUUGCUUGGUCCAUGAUAAACCAGCAGAACAAUCUACAGGUUGUCACAUGGGUUAUAAACUCAACUUUUCCUCCAGACAUCCCAGAAAGCAGAAGGAAUGUGCUGAAGCUUGAGCAAGAUGGAUCUCUUACAUUUAUGAAGGUGCCACUGGAAUACACCACUAACUACACCUUUGAAAUCACAAAGUCUGGAGUGGGAAGAGUCUCGACUACCUUUAUUCUGAGGGUAUUUGAAAUCAUCCAGAAUGUGACUCUCAGUGCAGAUAGAGAUCCGGUCAUUGAGGGGACCGAUCGCUUCACACUGGAGUACAACAUGCUGCAGGGAGUGGUUGAGCAGCAGACAUGGCUCUUCAAUGGCAGAGAGAUAAAAACUAAUUCACACUACUCUGCAGUGAACAACAGUCUUGUUAUUUGGGGUCCGACCAGAGGAGACACAGGGCAGUACUCGGUGCUACUGACCAAUCCCUUCAGUAAUGUGACAACUCACAUCAACAUCAGAGUUCUGUAUGGACCAGAUGAACCCAAGGUCGUGGCCCAUCCUGCUCAGCCAUUCUACGUCUCAGGAGACUCUCUGAACCUCUCCUGUCAGGGCGAGGGGUUCCCAAAGCCAGUUGCUCAGUGGCUCUUUGGUGGUCAGAACAUUUCAGGCUCAGAAGUCCUAAAUCUGACAAAUGUACGGACUACUCAAGGAGGUGUUUAUACAUGCAGGCUGCUUAAUGAGCAGACCAAGAAAGAGCAGCAGAAGAACAUCACUUUAAAUAUUUAUAAGAGGCCAUCAGGUAGCCCGGUGUGCUCUGUCCAGUCUGUGAAUAACAACAAUGGCCUGCAGUACCUCUGCCAGUGGUCAGGGGGGACUCCACAAGCAAAUCUUUAUUUCCCUGUGCUCAGCAAUAGCAGCAGUGGAUCAGAAAACUUCAGCCUGACUGUCAGUGCUUCAGAAAACCUUGAUGGAAAAACUGUCACAUGUUUAGCUGAGCACCCAAUUGAAAAGAAUAAAUGCAACAUCACUGCAAGCAGUCCCAGGAAGUUCCUCCCCUCUGUGAGAACCAUGGUUGGCUCUGAGGGCAAAAUAGUGGUAAGCAUCCACUGCGUCAGUGAGGCGUCUCCUAAAGCUGUGGUGUCGUGGUUCAGAGGCAGCCAGGGUGUCACCAACGGGACGACACACCAGAUCAGCAAUGACACAUCACAAAUCCAGACACGUGAUUUCAACGUCAGCAACUUAAUCUCUGAAAACUACACCUGUACCAGCAGAAACCCCCUGGGCAGCCAGAGGAGAGAAGUUCAGUUAACAGGACCAUCCAUCUCAGAUUCCAGUUUGUUCCCUAAUCAAGAUGGAACCAUCGUCACGUUGACCUGGGAGGUCCCGCCUUACUCUCUCGUUACAGGGUUUGAUAUCCAGAUGAAAGGACCAGACCUCCUGAGUGAAAACCAAAAUGGCACAAGAACUAAAGGAAACUCAGACAGAUUUAAAACCAUUCAGCAGAAACCUGGCCCUGCCCGGAGUGCCGACAUCUUCGUCCUCGAUCCCAAGUUGACCUACAGGUUUCGGGUAAUCCCUAAAGCUCGUUUGACUGAAGGAGAGCCAUCAGAAGUCCACAGGAUCGGUCCAGGUGAAGGGCUGAGUGGUCCGGCUAUUGCUGGAAUUGCAGCAGGAAUUCCCUGCAGCAUCCUCUUCCUGAUCCUGCUGGCUGUCUUGAUCUACCUCUGUGUCGACUGGCACAGAAAGAGAAGUCGACAGACCAGAUAUCCUGUUUCCAGAGCUGUUGAAAAGGCAAUAACAACCCAGAUAGAUUCAACUCCCCAGAACCUGCUGACAGGAAGGCUGAAGUCCCCACCAGACUACAACAAAUUAAAUCUGACUCCCUCUGAAAGAUCAGUGGCUCUCCCAUCCUUCGUCCCUCCACCACCAACCAGAGUCGCUACAACUGUCUAAAUCUGAUUUGAUGUUUGAUAAAUUAUAUUCUCUGUUUUGGUGUUUUAUUUUA